AUGUCGCUUAUUCAGCUGUACAUCCCAGCCGAGGUGGUACAGCCCACGGUCUUGGAAUUGGGGGAACUUGGCCUGGUCCAGUUUCGCGAUCUGAACCCCGAUGCGAACGCCUUUCAGCGCGCAUUCGUGAAUGAGAUUCGACGCUUUGACGAGAUGGAAAGGAAACUCCGUUUCUUCACUUCUCAGAUCGAAAAAGCAAAGAUCUCCGUGCAUCCUGCUCUUUCUUCGUCCUACAUCAAUCGUGCGCCUUCGCGCCAGGAGCUGGACGAGAUUGAGGCACGUCUUGCGGUGCACGAAAAUCGCCUUCUUCAAAUGAACAGUUCUUACGAAACCCUGCAGAGGCGGCACUGUGAACUUGUCGAACUCAAGCAUGUCCUGAAAGAGGCUACUGCCUUUUUUGAAGAGGCUGCUUCACAUCAGGAGCAAAUCCGGGCAUCGAUGGACGAACCGAAUGCACCACUUCUAGACGAUCUGGAGACGGGGCCCUCACAGGAAGCACAGAGUCUUGGACUGGCGCUUGGCAAUAUUACAGGCGUCAUUCCGCGGAUCAAGUUGCAGGUCUUUGAGCGUAUCCUGUGGAGAUCCUUACACGGCAACCUGUACAUGAAUACUGCGGAAGUUGAAGAGCCGAUCGUGGAACCCUCGACAGAUCUGGUGGUCGAAAAGUGCGUGUUCAUCAUCUUUGCACACGGACAGGAGAUUCUUGCCAAAAUCAAGAAGAUUGCAGAGUCAUUGGGCGCCACUCUUUAUGCAAUCGAUUCAUCCGCAAGCCGACGGCGGGAGGCCUUGGCAGAUGCCGUUCGCCAUAUUGAUGAAUUCAGUUCUGUUCUUCUUAACACAACCCAAACUCGCCGGCAAGAGCUACUCCAUAUUUCUCAACAUCUGACUACAUGGAUGACGAUUGUCAAGAAGGAGAAAGCAGCGUAUCACACCAUGAACUGUUUCAAUUAUGACAUGCACCGGAAAUGUUUGAUUGCAGAAGGAUGGUGCCCUACGAGCGAAAUCAGCACCAUCCAGGCUGCACUUCGUACCGUGACAGAGCGCUCUGGAUCAAGCGUUCCCUCGAUUUUGCAGGAAUUGCGCACCCAAAAGGAGCCUCCGACCUACCACAAGACCAAUAAGUUCACUGCAGGUUUCCAAGCUAUUGUAGAUGCAUAUGGCAUGGCUCAUUAUCGCGAGGUAAACCCCGGACUCUUCACCGUGAUCUCGUUCCCAUUCCUGUUUGCAGUCAUGUUUGGAGAUGUCGGCCAUGGUAUUCUGGUGCUGCUUUUGGGACUGUACUUGGUCAUGAAUGAGCGCCGACUCGCUCAUGUUGAUGGCGAGAUGUUUGGAAUGGUCUUUGGAGGUCGCUACAUUGUUCUACUCAUGGGGGCGUUCUCGGUCUUUACGGGAUUGAUGUACAACGAUAUAUUCUCACGGGCCCUGCCACUGUUUCAGAGCGGCUGGCGCUUCAACGUUCCAGAGGACUAUGACGGCAAGACGGUUCUCGUUGCAGAGCCUACAGGCUACACCUAUCCGUUCGGGAUCGAUUAUGGAUGGCAUGGAACGGAGAACUAUCUAUUGUUCACCAACUCUUACAAGAUGAAGAUGUCGGUCAUUUUGGGAGUAAUCCACAUGUCGUUCGGUAUCUGCAUGGUCUAUUUUAACGCCAAGCACUUCCGAAAACCGAUCGACAUUAUCGGAGGCUUCAUUCCGCAGAUGAUGUUCAUGCAAUGCCUGUUUGGAUACCUUGUGAUGAUGAUCAUCUACAAGUGGACAGUUGACUGGUUCGAAACCGACGCUGCUGGUCACUCUGUGCGCAACUCACCGCCUAGCUUGCUCAACACGAUGAUCUACAUGUUUCUGAGUCCUGGAUCGGUCAACGAGGGCGACAAGCUGUAUUCAGGACAGGGAUUUGUCCAAGCGUUGCUUGUGCUUCUGGCAUUUGUAUGCAUACCCUGGAUGCUCUUCCUGAAGCCGUACUAUCUAAAGCAUGAGCACAACAAGGCCCGGGUCCUGGGGUACCAUCAGCCAUCCGAGAAUCAUGUUCGCAUCAGUACUGACAGUAAUCACACAGAUGAGGCUGGCGGGGCAGUUGUGGCAGGAGAUAGCGAAGGCGAGGAGGAGGAGUUUGAGUUUUCGGAGGAACUGAUCCAUCAAGUGAUUCACACGAUCGACUUUUGUUUGGGAUGCAUCUCCAACACUGCGUCGUACCUACGACUGUGGGCUCUUUCACUCGCACACGCUCAGCUGUCGGAAGUGCUCUGGACCAUGACCUUGGGGUUGGCCUGGGGCAUCUCUGGAGGCCUAGGGGUGUUUAUGACGAUUGUGAUGUUUGCGCUGUGGUUCACGCUGACGAUCUUUAUUCUGUGUGGGAUGGAGGGACUCUCUGCGUUUUUGCAUGCUCUUCGUUUGCACUGGGUGGAGUUCAACAACAAGUUCUACCAGGGUACGGGAUAUCCAUUCGAGCCUUUCUCCUUUGCAGCCGUACUUUCUGAAAAGAAUCUUUAA